AUGGCGCUCAACAUACUCGUCACCGGAGGUGCCGGCUUUGUCGGAUCGCAUACCGUGCUGGAACUGUUGAACGCAGGCCACGCGGUCAUUUGCGUGGAUAACCUUUGCAAUGCAUACGGUGGUGGAACCGCAUCGAAGCUGCCAGAAUCGUUGAAACGGGUGCAGGAAAUUACGGGUGCUAGCGUAACGUUCUAUGACGUGGACAUUCGGAACCGUGAUGAGCUACGGAGUGUUUUCAGUAAGCAUAAAAUUGAUUGUGUCGUGCAUUUUGCUGCACUGAAGGCCGUCGGUGAGUCGUGUCGAAUUCCUUUGAAGUACUAUCAAAACAACAUUACCGGGACGAGCAUUCUGCUGGAAGUGAUGGCAGAGGCUGGCGUGUUUAAGAUAGUGUACAGCUCGAGCGCCACCGUAUAUGGUGAGCCACAGAAGCUGCCGUUGACGGAAAGCCACCCGACCGGUAGCUGCACCAACCCGUACGGUAAAAGUAAAUACUUCACGGAGGAAAUCAUGAAGGAUCUGUGCGAAUCAGAUCCACGCUGGACAGUCGUUUCACUGCGCUACUUCAACCCAGUCGGGGCCCACAAAUCCGGCCGGAUCGGGGAGGACCCGAACGGUGAGCCGAACAAUUUGAUGCCAUACAUCUCGCAGGUGGCCGUUGGACGGCGUGAGUGUUUGCGCGUGUUUGGCAACAACUACGAUACGCCGGACGGUACUGGUGUGCGCGAUUACAUCCACAUUGUCGAUCUGGCCGAAGGGCACGUGAAAGCAAUCGAUAAGCUGGCUGGCGGCACGAUCAGUGGGUUCUGUGUGUAUAAUCUUGGUACAGGGCGCGGGUACUCGGUGUUGGAAGUAGUUAAAGCCUUCUCGAAAGCAUCCGGAAGGGAGGUCAAGUAUGAGAUUGUAGAUAGACGCGCCGGUGACGUUGCGGCUAGCUACGCGGACGUAUCGCUUGCCGCCAAAGAGCUUGGAUGGACCGCCAAACGGGGGCUGGAUGAGAUGUGUGAGGACACCUGGAACUGGCAGAAAUCUAAUCCUAACGGUUUUGCUGGAUAA